AUGCUCAUUCCACCUUAUCAGAAAUUCCUGAAGGAUGCUGUUCAGCAAAGAACCAGGGAAGCACAAGGGAUGGUAGUGUUGACUCGUGAGUGCAGUGCAAUCAUUCAGCGGAAGGUCAUCUCCGACAAAAAGGAAGAUCCGGGGAGUUUCACUUUGCCCUGCAUGUUGGGACCCCUAUCUUUCAAAAACAGCCUCUGCGAUCUAGGAUCAUCUGUCAGCCUCAUGCCUUUGUCUGUAGCAAAGAGACUGGGAUAUCACAAGUACCAAGCCUGCGGAAUCUCACUAGUCUUGGCAGAUAGAUCGAUAAGGUUACCAACUGGAAUGCUUGAAGACCUGCCUUUGAGGAUAGGGAAUGUAGAAAUCCCCACCGACUUCAUUGUGCUGGAAAUGGAUGAGGAACCAACAGAUCCAUUGAUACUAGGAAGGCCAUUCCUAGCUACAGCAAGAGCAAUGAUAGAUGUCUGUGAAGGCACAAUUGAGCUAAACUUGGGAAAGGACCUAAGGAUGAAGUUUGACAUCAAGGAUACAAUGAGGAAACCAACAAUAGAAGGUCAGCUCUUUUAUGUUGAGGAAAUGGAUCAGUUGGCAGAUGAGCUUUUAGAAGAGCUAUCAUUGGAGGAUCCCCUACAAGUUGCUUUGACCAAGGAUUCUUCAGAAGGAUAUGUGAGCUCAGAAACCGAGGAGUACAAGAAGCUCCUUGACACCUUCAGACCAGUUCCAAACAUUCUGAGCAUUGAGGGGUUGGACAGGCCAGUUUGCGAAGUCAUGGCAGUGAGCUCGAUCAAGAGCUCGAUCGAGUCGGGUUUCGAACAAACGAACUCGAUCGAGCUGGGGACUGAAUGCAAGGAACAAGCUCAAGGAGAUUGGUCUGAGCUCAAGGCACCUAAAGUCGACCUCAAACCUUUGCCUGAGGGCCUCAGGUAUGCAUUUCUGGGUGAAAACUCAACUUACCCUGUCAUUGUGAACUCUGAUUUGGAACCUGAACAGUUGAGUGCUUUGCUUGUUGAAUUGAGGAAGUACAGAAAAGCAAUAGGUUACACUCUAGAUGAUAUCAAGGGGAUCUCCCCUGACCUAUGCAUCCAUAGGAUUCAUCUAGAGGAUGAAAGUAAGUCAAGCAUUGAACCUCAAAGGAGAUUGAACCCCAAUCUAAAGGAAGUAGUGAAGAAAGAGAUACUCAAGUUGCUUGAUGCUGGGAUAAUCUAUCCCAUCAGUGAUAGCACUUGGAUAUCUCCAGUUCAUUGCGUCCCAAAGAAAGGGGGGAUCACUGUCAUUAAAAAUGACAAAGAGGAGCUGAUUCCCACUAGAACAAUAGUGGGGCAUCGCAUGUGUAUUGACUAUAGGAAGUUAAAUUCAGCAUCUAGAAAGGAUCAUUUCCCUCUCCCUUUCAUUGAUCAGAUGUUAGAAAGAUUAGCAAACCAUCCUUUUUAUUGUUUUCUUGAUGGUUACAGUGGUUUCUUCCAAAUCCCGAUCCACCCUAAUGAUCAGGAGAAAACCACUUUCACAUGCCCUUAUGGUACCUUUGCUUAUCGAAGGAUGCCAUUUGGGCUGUGCAAUGCCCCAGCUACUUUCCAGAGAUGCAUGACCUCCAUUUUUUCAGAUCUGAUAGAGGAGAUGGUAGAAGUCUUCAUGGACGAUUUCUCAGUCUAUGGAGCAUCCUUCUCCUCAUGUUUGUCUAACUUGUGCAGGGUGUUGCAGAGGUGUGAGGAGACAAAUCUAGUACUCAACUGGGAGAAGUGCCACUUCAUGGUUCGAGAAGGGAUUGUGCUUGGACACAAGAUUUCCGAGAAAGGGAUCGAGCUCGAUCGAGCUAAGGUGGAUGUCAUGUUGCAGCUCCUGUUCCCAAGACUGCUUCUGUGCAAGGAGACAGAUUUUGAGUUUGAUGAAGAAUGCCACAAGUCUUGGACCUUGCUGAAGGAUGCUCUGGUAUCUGCCCCAAUAGUUCAAGCUCCAAACUGGGAUCACCCAUUUGAGAUUAUGUGUGAUGCAUCUGACUAUGCAGUAGGAGCAGUGCUUGGCCAAAAGAUAGACAAGAAACUCAAUGUCAUCUACUAUGCAAGCAAGACUAUGGAUGAUGCUCAGUGCAAGCACAUCUUUGCUAAGAAAGAUACAAAGCCAAGACUUCUCAGAUGGAUCCUUUUGCUUCAAGAGUUUGACAUAGAAGUUGUGGACAAAAAGGGAGUAGAAAAUGGAGUUGCUGAUCAUCUCUCUAGGAUGCGAGUUGAAGACAUGAUCCCCAUCAAUGAUUCUAUGCCUGAAGAACAGCUUAUGGCAAUCAUGAUCUUGAAGGAGAGUUUUGAUGAGAAAGUCAGGCUGGAAGAAGUUAAGGCUCUGCGUGAUGAGAAUUUGCCAUGGUAUGCUGAUAUAGUGAACUUCAUGGUGUCCGGAGAAGUCCCUAGUAGUUUUGAUGCUUACAAGAGGAAGAAAUUCUUCAAGGAUGCUAGGCAUUACUAUUGGGAUGAGCCUUACUUGUACAAGAGAGGACCAGACAGCAUUUACAGGAGAUGCAUAGCUGAAGAGGAUGUACAAGGAGUUCUAGAGCAUUGCCAUGGGUCAGCUUAUGGAGGUCACUUUGCUACAUUCAAAACAGCAACUAAGGUUUGCAAUCUGGGUUUAUGGUGGCCUACUUGUUUAAAGGAUGCAGCAAGCUUCAUCGCCAAAACCAUCAUCUUUCCAAGAUAUGGCAUCCCAAGGGUUGUUAUUUCGGAUGGAGGUUCCCAUUUCAUCAACAAGGUGUUUGAGAAGUUGAUGAAGAGUUAUGGAGUCAAGCACAAGGUCGCUACACCUUACCAUCCUCAAACCAGUGGGCAAGUUGAGGUCUCCAAUAGACAGAUAAAGGCCAUUAUUGAGAAGACUGUGAGCUUCACUAGGAAAGGAUUGGUCACAAGACUUGAUGAAGCACUUUGGGCUUAUAGAACAGCUUACAAAACCCCCAUUGGAAGGUCUCCUUUCAACUUGCUGUAUGGAAAGGAUUGCCACUUACCUGUGGAGGUCGAAUACAAGGCUUUAUGGGCAGUAAAGAUGCUGAACUUUGACAUAAAGGCAGCACAAGAGAAAGAGUAA